AUGGAUUGGAGCAGGUGCUUGGUGGGCAAAUCUUAUUGGAUUCAUGAUAUUGCAGUCAUGGAAAUCUCCCUCUGUGCUAUAUUUUUACUCUUACAACUAUCAGUAGUAGCUGUUGCUUUAGUUGACUUGUAUGGAAACAGAUUUGGUCUUGUUUCAUCGUGUGAUUCAUGUUGGGGUCGAUUUUCAUCAGCUGUUGAACGCUUAAUUUGUUCUCAUCUUAGGGUUGCUUCCUGCUUGCUGUUGCCUGCCAUUCAGCUGGUUGUUGGAAUUAGCCAUCCCUCAUGGGUUUCUCUACCAUUUUUUAUUGGGAGCUGCAGUGGUCUUGUAGAUUGGUCUUUGACAAGCAAUUUUUUAGGACUUUUCAGGUGGUGGAAGCCUUUUCACUUGUAUGCAGGCUUCAACAUUGUCUUGCUUUAUGUGUAUCAGCUACCUGUGGAGUUUCCAGAUAUGUUACAAUGGAUAGCUGAUUUCAUUGGUCUGUUCAAGAUAACUUUACAUUCGGAUUGGACUGAAGUUUGUUCGAGCUUAUCUCUUUUACUUUUCUACAUCAUGAUCUGGUGUAAGGCAUACCAAUGUUUUGUUGACGGGAGCAGUUUUUCCGGACCUUUAGUAUCAACUUCUUCACAUAUGGAUUCCCGUUUUCAUUUUGCAAGUGUUUGUGCAUUCGGGCUACUUGCAUAUGUUGGCUACAUCAUAUAUGCCUUCCCUUCCUUAUUCCGUUUGCAUCGACUGAAUGGGCUGCUUCUUGUCUUCAUUCUCUUGUGGGCUGUUAGCACAUAUAUUUUCAAUGUAGCAUUUGCAUUCCUGAAUUGGAAAAUUGGGAAGAACACGGACAUAUGGGAGAUGGUUGGGUUGUGGCAUUAUCCCAUACCUGGAUUCUUUCUGCUUGCACAAUUCUGUCUUGGAAUAUUGGUUGCCUUGGGUAAUCUUGUGAACAACUCAGUUUUCCUUUGCUUGUCUGAUGAGGAUGGGCGAUUUUCAAAUGACAACAGCACCGUAGAAGGUGAGGGAGAGACCAAAGUAUUGAUUGUGGCCACAAUUGCUUGGGGACUGCGCAAAAGCUCUCGAGCUAUCAUGCUGGCACUUAUAUUUCUUAUUGCCAUGAAACCUGGUUUCAUCCAUGCUGUGUAUGUGAUAUUCUUUUUGAUAUAUCUUUUGAGCCACAACAUUAGCAGAAAGAUACGCCAGUCUUUGAUUCUCCUAUGUGAGGUUCACUUUGCACUAUUGUAUAUCAUUCAGAUUAAUCCGAUCUCUGAUGCUUUGGAGCAAAAAGGCUCUUUGAGUGCAGAAGUUUUAUCACAGUUAGGUCUCCUUCAACAUGAAAGCUCGUGGGAUUUUUUGAAAAUAGCUUUGCUUGCUUGCUUCUGUGCAAUUCAUAACCAUGGUUUUGAAAUGCUAUUUUCGUUCUCAGCAAUUGUGCAGCAUACCCCUAGCCGUCCAGUUGGAUUUAGCAUUCUGAAAGCUGGCCUGAACAAAUCAGUUUUGUUGUCAGUGUAUGCCUCCUCAGCCAUUAAGUACAGCCAUGAUAAUCCUUCUUAUGAGAAAAGAAUAGCAUUAUUCCUCAGUGCAAUUGGGCAGAGGUUUUUAUCUGUGUACCGAUCAUGUGGAACCUACAUUGCCUUCCUUACUAUUCUCCUUACUGUAUACCUGGUGAGACCCAAUUAUGUAUCAUUUGGGUACAUAUUCCUUCUCCUUGCUUGGAUAAUUGGAAGACAACUUGUUGAGAGAACGAAAAAGCGCCUUUGGUUCCCGUUGAAAGCAUAUGCAAUUGUGGUGUUUAUCUUUAUCUAUAGCUUGAGCAGUUUCCGCUGCAUUGAGGUUUGGUUGUCCAGGUUAAUAGACCUUUAUUUCUAUCUAGGCUAUGACUCAGAAGCUUCAUCUUUGGAAAAUGUUUGGGAAUCCCUAGCAGUCUUGAUUGUGAUGCAACUUUAUAGCUAUGAGAGGAGACAGAGCAGGUAUAACAAGCCAGAUGAUGCUGAUGUGUUAGAAUUUGGAGUGCUUGGGUUUAUAAAGCGGUUUGUCGUUUGGCACAGCAACAAGAUCUUGUUUAUUGCAGUAUUCUAUGCAUCUUUAUCUCCAAUUAGUGCAUUUGGAUUUUUGUAUCUACUUGGCCUUGUCAUCUGUUCAACAUUACCUAAAGCUUCACGGAUCCCGUCUAAAUUAUUCUUGGUUUACACAGGAUUUCUAGUAACAGCUGAGUAUCUUUUUCAGAUGUGGGGUAGACAGGCUGCAAUGUUUCCUGGACAAAAGCACUCUAAUAUUUCCCUUCUUUUAGGUUUCCGUGUAUUUAAACCUGGAUUUUGGGGUCUAGAAUUCGGCUUGAGAGGAAAAGUGCUGGUGAUUGCUGCGUGUACCCUUCAAUAUAAUGUUUUCCGCUGGUUGGGGAAGAUGCCAAGUACUAUCCUAAACAAAGGAAAGUGGGAAGAGCCUUGUCCAUUGUUUGUCUCAGCAGAAGAUGCCAAUAUUAAUUCUUCCAUCCCUAGUGAGGAAAACAAGCCAUCAAAAGAUUCUGAAGCACUUUCUGUGAAACGAGAAGGGGCUAGGAGCCAUUCAUGGCCAUAUUUCUCCCCAGGUUUAUCGGAAUCCCUUAAUCCUGUGUCCCCUAGAGCAGGAGGUUCUGAGGGUAGUAGCAGCAACAAGUACUCAUUUGGGUACAUUUGGGGCAGCACCAAGGAGAGUCAUAAGUGGAACAAGAAACGGAUUCUUGCCUUGAGAAAGGAGAGAUUUGAAACACAGAAGCUUAUCUCAAAAAUCUAUUUGAAAUUCUGGAUGGAAAAUAUGUUCAACCUCUUUGGUCUUGAGAUAAACAUGAUUGCGUUGCUUCUUGCAAGCUUUGCUUUGUUGAAUGCCAUUUCUUUGAGUACGUGGCCUUCAAAUCAUCCUGAUGAGACUAAUGCACGUUGCCAUGAUUGCUGGAAAAUCUCAACUAUGUAUUUCAGUUACUGCAAGUACUGUUGGUUAGGACUUAUUGUUGAUGAUCAGCGAAUGCUUAUCAGCUAUUUUGCUGUCUUCAUGUUUGCUUGUUUCAAACUUCGUGCUGACCAUUUGUCCGGCUUCUCGGUGUCAUCAACUUACCGUCAAAUGAUAUCUCAACGUAAAAAUAUAUUUGUGUGGAGAGACCUCUCUUUUGAAACCAAAAGCAUGUGGACCUUCUUUGACUACCUGAGGCUUUACUGCUACUGCCACCUAUUGGAUCUUGUGCUAGCGUUGGUUUUGAUUACUGGGACCAUUGAGUAUGACAUUCUGCACCUUGGUUAUCUUGCUUUUGCGCUGGUUUUCUUUCGGGUGAGACUUGAAAUCCUAAAGAAGAGGAACAAGAUAUUCAAGUUCUUGCGCAUAUACAAUUUUGCUCUUAUUGUUCUUUCUCUUGCAUAUCAAUCUCCUUUUGUGGGGGAGUUUUGUGCUGGAAAGUGUGAGACAGUAGAUUACAUAUUUGAGAUGAUUGGAUUUUAUAAGUAUGACUAUGGGUUUCGGAUUACUGCAAGAUCAGCUCUCGUUGAAAUUGUCAUAUUUAUGGUGGUAUCACUUCAGUCAUAUAUGUUUUCCUCCCAAGAAUUUGAUAAUGUUUCUCGAUAUCUUGAAGCUGAGCAAAUUGGUGCCAUUGUGCGUGAGCAAGAAAAGAAAGCUGCCUGGAAAACUGCACAGUUAAAACACAUUCGUGAAUCCGAGGAGAAGAAACACCAGCGCAACCUGCAAGUGGAGAAAAUGAAAUCAGAGAUGCUCAACCUGCAAAUCCAGCUUCACAGCAUGAACUCAGUUACUAAUUGUGGUGAUUCUCCUCCUGUCAGUGAAGGCCUAAGAAGGAGGAGGAGUACUUCUCUUAACUCAAAUAAUGAUGCUGGGAUCCCUGAUAAAGAAGGAUUACCCAUGAAAAAGGAGCAGAUACUUAAAGAGGAUUCGUUGUACCCUUAUGAAUUGCAUCGAUCUCCUGCAACAGUGAACAUGGAAAACCCAACAGUGGUGGAGUCUAUGAAGGAUUCGAUGGAAUCUUUUCACUGUGAGAUCACUGAAGUCGAAGAAGAUGUUACUGAUGGUGUAUUAUUUUAUUCUUCAGAAAAGAAGGAGAAAGUUAAAGGGCAAGCAAAGGAAAGCCCACUCAUCUCUGCAGUUCAUCUGAUAGGUGAUGGCGUUUCCCAGGUACAGUCUAUUGGAAAUCAGGCAGUUAACAACCUAGUAAGCUUUUUGAACAUUGAACAAGAUUCUGAUAUCAGUGAGCACUCUUCUGUUGAGGAUGGGGUAUAUGAUGAGAUGGAGAGCCAAAACACUAAGUAUAUGUGUUUUAACCGUUCAUCUUCCCUGCAGUCCGAUACGAGUUCUGAUCCCACAAGUCUGCAGUUAGGAAGGAUCUUCCGUCACAUAUGGUCCCAAAUGCGGUCCAAUAAUGAUAUUGUGUGUUAUUGUUGCUUUGUCAUUGUCUUCUUGUGGAACUUCAGUUUGCUUUCUAUGGUGUAUUUGGCAGCCUUAUUCUUGUACGCCCUAUGUGUAAAUUCUGGUCCAAGUUACAUCUUCUGGGUUAUUAUGCUGAUUUACACAGAAGUCUAUAUUUUGCUUCAGUAUCUGUACCAGAUUAUCAUCCAGCACUGGGGUUUGAGUGUUGCUUCAGACCUACUUCGUGAGUGGGGAUUUCCUGCACAUAAAAUCACAUCUUCUUUUGUUGUCAGUUCAUUGCCUCUCUUUCUUGUCUACUUAUUUACCCUCAUACAGAGCUCUAUAACUGCAAAAGAUGGUGAGUGGAUGUCAUCUACAGACUUCGACUUCUAUAGGAGGAGUGCUUUCCAUGGAAAAGAGGUUCCUGUAAGUUAUAGCUGGAGUGAGAAAACAAAGGAGCUGCUGCACAUAAUGGGAAAUGCAAUAAAAUUGAUAAUCAGAAGCUUCUUUAGGUACUGGGAAUCACUGACACAGGGAGCAGAUUCCCCUCCUUACUUUAUUCAGGUGUCUAUGGAUGUCCGCUCAUGGCCAGACGAUGGAAUUCAACCAGAAAGGAUUGAGUCUGGAGUAAAUCAAUUGCUUAGAAUCAUCCAUGAUGAAAGGUGCAAGCAGAAAACCCCUACCCCAUGCCCUUUUGCUAGUAGGGUGCAUGUUCAAAGCAUUGAAAGGAGUCAAGAAAAUGAAAAUGUAGCGUUGGUUGUUUUCGAGGUGGUAUAUGCCUCCCCCGUAACAGAGUGUGCUUCGGUAGAAUGGUACAAUUCACUUACUCCAGCAGCUGAUGUGGCAAAGGAAAUUCUAAAAGCACAGCAUGCUGGGUUUGUUGAAGAAAUAGGAUUCCCAUACCCUAUACUCUCUGUAAUUGGGGGAGGCAAAAGGGACGUUGAUCUAUAUGCCUAUGUGUUUGGUGCUGAUCUGACUGUUUUCUUUUUAGUCGCGAUAUUCUACCAAUCUGUCAUAAAAAAUAAAAGUGAAUUUCUGGACGUGUAUCAGCUUGAUGAUCAGUUUCCUAAGGAGUUUGUGUUCAUCUUAAUGAUCAUCUUUUUCUUGAUUGUCCUUGAUCGCAUAAUCUACCUCUGCUCAUUUGCCACCGGAAAAGUAAUUUUCUACCUUUUCAACCUCAUCCUCUUCACAUAUUCAGUUACAGAGUAUGCUUGGCACAUGGAACCUUCCCACCAACAUGCUGGAGGAUUAGCACUUCGUGCUAUAUUUCUUGCAAAAGCAGUUUCUCUGGCACUGCAGGCUAUACAACUCCGACAUGGAAUUCCUCAUAAAAGCACUUUGUACCGGCAGUUUUUGACCAGUGAAAUUUCACGAAUUAAUUACUUAGGAUAUCGACUAUAUCGUGCUCUGCCAUUCCUUUAUGAAUUGAGAUGUGCACUUGACUGGUCAUGCACAACCACAUCUUUGACCAUGUAUGAUUGGCUGAAACUGGAGGACAUACAUGCAAGCUUGUACCUUGUCAAAUGUGAUGCAGUCUUGAAUAGAGCAAAGCACAAGCAAGGAGAAAAGCAAACAAAAAUGACCAAAUGCUGCAACGGCAUAUGUCUUUUUUUCAUAUUGAUUUGUGUUAUUUGGGCUCCAAUGCUGAUGUAUAGCAGCGGUAACCCGACCAACAUUGAAAACCCCAUUAAAGAUGCCAGUGUUCAGGUUGACAUCAAGACAGCGAGUGGAAGGUUGAGUCUGUAUCAAACCACCCUCUGUAAAAAGCUCCAAUGGGAUACGCUCAACUCUGAUGUUAAUCUUGAUCCCAAAGGUUAUUUGGAUACAUAUAAUCAGAAGGAUGUCCAGUUGAUAUGCUGUGAAGCUGAUGCAAGUACUCUGUGGCUUAUCCCCAAUGUGGUUCAGACAAGAUUCAUUCAGUCCCUUGAUUGGGAGACCCACAUGGAUAUAUCUUUUACUUGGGUGCUUACCAGGGGCAGGCCCAAAGGCAAGGAAGUUGUUAAAUAUGAAAGAAGUGUGGAUCCUCAGGAUCUUCCAAAACAAUCAGAUGUCCAGCAAGUUCUUAAUGGCUCUAUAAACAGCUUUAGGAUAUACAAUGUUUAUUCAAGAUACUUCCGCGUCACUGGUUCCGGGGAUGUAAGACCAUUGGAACUAGAGGAUAAUUUUGUUAGUGCGGAUCUUGUCAUAAAUCGUGCUAAUUAUGACUGGUGGUCCUUCCAUGACAUCAAUUCAUCCGACGUCAAUGGAUGUGGAGGUUUGAGAGGACCCAUGGCCAUCAUUGUAUCUGAGGAAACACCGCCACAGGGUAUUCUUGGUGACACCCUUAGCAAGUUCAGCAUCUGGGGUCUCUACAUAACAUUUGUUCUUGCUGUUGGCCGCUUUAUCAGACUUCAAUGCUCUGACUUAAGAAUGAGAAUCCCCUAUGAGAACCUUCCUUCCUGUGAUAGGUUGAUAGCCAUUUGUGAGGAUAUAUAUGCUGCAAGAGCAGAGGGUGAGCUUGGAGUUGAAGAGGUCCUUUACUGGACGCUGGUGAAGAUUUACAGGUCACCGCACAUGCUGCUCGAAUACACAAAACCCGACUAG